ACGUGACUCCCUGUGUCUAUUUCUACUCUUUACUCUACCUUUACUAAUUCUUCUACACUUCAUCUUCAUCUUCUUCUAUUUGAUCAGAGAAACACAGCUCGCAGAGUCGCAGGGGUUAAUUUAUUGAUUGGAGCGAAUCAGUUGAAGAGUGAAGACUUUUAGUUCAAAAAAGUCAGAAUAUUCUUAUUUCAUCACAUCUUUGAUCUUCUCAAUCUUCUGCUUGUCGACUCUAAUGGCUUCAUCAAUCCAACAAGGAGACUCCUUUUCUUCUCCCACUCGCCGGUGGGACUACGAUUUCUUCUUGAGCUUUAGAGGUGAAGAUACCCGCAAUGGCUUUACUGGCCAUUUAUAUCGUGCUUUGGUUGACAACGGUUUCAAGACCUUCAUUGAUGAUGAACUCCCAAGAGGAGAACAAAUUUCAGCGGAACUUCUCAAAGCUAUCAAAUCGGCUAGGACUUCAAUUAUUAUAUUCUCUCAAAACUACGCAUUUUCGUCUUGGUGCUUGGAUGAACUUGUCGAGAUUCUUAACUGUAAGCAAAAUGGACAAUUGGUUCUACCUGUUUUUUACAAAGUGGAUCCAUCUGAUGUGCGUAAGCAAAAAGGUAACUUCGAAGUAGCACUGGCUGAACAAGAAAACAAAUUCAAGGAUAACAUAGAGAAGGUGCGGAGGUGGAGGGCAGCUCUAAAUGAAGCGGCUAAUUUGUCCGGAUUGCCAUAUAAAGAUAGCGGCCCUGAAUACAAAUUUAUCCAACAAAUUAUUGAGCGCAUAUCGUAUACCAAAUCAAAUAGCAUACACUUAUCUGAUGCUAAUCACCCUGUUGGAGUAAAUUCUCGUGCCGAGGCCAUAGAAUCACUUUUAGAUAUUAAGGCAAAUGAUGUUCGAAUGGUAGGGAUUCAUGGACUUGGGGGAAUAGGUAAGACAACUAUUGCAAGAGUUGUUUAUGACAGAAUUUUUGAGCAUUUUGAAGGAUAUUGCUAUCUAGAAAAUGUUAGAGAAAAUUCUGAAACAAAUAAUGGCAUGAUCCAACUACAGGAGAAACUCCUUUCUAAUAUCUUAGGGAACAAACAUUUGAAGGUGGUGAGUGUAGCCCGUGGAACCAAUAUGAUAAAGGAAAUGCUUCAUUGUAAAAGAAUUCUUUUAAUUCUUGAUGACAUGGAUAAAUCCCAACAAAUAGAUAAUUUGAUUGGAAAUUAUGAUUGGUUUGCUUCAGGAAGUAGAGUCCUUAUAACAACAAGAGACAGACACUUGCUCGAUUAUCUUGGAAACAUUUGUAUAACUUACGAGGUGACGGAAUUGAACAAAUGUGAAGCUCUUGAACUCUUUAAUCAACAUGCCUUCAAAGGAAAAAAACUUGAGGAAGAUUAUUCUGAACUUGUAAACCAAGUCAUACAAUAUGCCAAUGGCCUACCAUUAGCUCUAAAAAUAAUUGGUUCUCAUUUGUAUGGAAAACCAAGUUCUGAAUGGAAAGAAGCAAUACAGCAAUAUAGAAACAUUCCUAAAGGAGAUAUUUAUAAAAAACUUAAAGUAAGUUAUGAUGGAUUGGAGGAAACGGAAAAGCAUAUUUUCCUCGAUAUUGCAUGUUUCUUCAAGGGAAGGAACGAGGAUAAUGUUAUAAAUAUAUUAGAUGCUUGCAAAUUAUAUCCAAAAUCUGGUAUUCCAAACCUUGUUAAUAAAUGUCUCAUAACUAUUGGUGACUUUGGCAUAUUGUGGAUGCAUGACUUGGUACAACAAAUGGGUAGGGAAAUUGUUCGGCAAGAAUCACCAGUCCUCAAAAAACGUAGCAGGAUAUGGCAUUAUGAGGAUGCACUUGAAGUACUAACUGAAAGUGAGGGGUCAGACGAAAUUCGAGGUAUAAUGUGGCAUUCGCCUGAUCCAAUAACAGUGCAAUUACACGCCAAAGCUUUCAAAAAUAUGGAAAAUCUCAAAUUUCUUAUGGUUCAUAAUGUACUUAUUUCUGAAGAAAUUAAAUAUCUUCCCAAUCAGUUAAAGUUACUUGAAUGGGACGAAUAUCCUUCUUCUUUGCCAUCCAAUUAUUGUCCUCAACAACUUGUUGAACUUGGGAUGCCGCGUAGUUGCAUUAGAUUGGAGAAUCUAUUCAAGCAGGGGGGCCAGUACAAUAAUUUGAAAAGUAUGGAUUUGGAAGGGUGUAUGUCCAUUAGACAAUUACCUGGCUUGUGCGCCCCAAACUUAGAGCGGUUGGACAUUAGUUUUUGUGAAAAUUUAAUUGAGGUUCAUGAGGCCAUUGGAUCUCUUGGUAAGCUCAAAUGUUGGAGACUCUGGGGUUGCAAAAAACUUCAAAUUCUUCCUAGCAGCUUUAAGUUGAAAUCUCUUGAACGUAUUAAUCUAGAUGGUUGUGUAAGUCUUGAAAAAUUACCUGACUUGGGUGCCCCAAACUUAAAGAGCUUGCACAUGAUGGGCUGUGAAAAUUUAAUUGAGGUUCAUGAGGCCAUUGGAUCUCUUGAUAAGCUUGAGGAGUGGGCGCUCGAUAAUUGCAAAAAACUUCAAAUUCUUCCCAGCACCCUUAGGUUGAAAUCUCUACCAUCUAUUAGUCUAUGCGGCUGCGUAAGCCUUGAAAAGUUUCCCCGUAUUUACCGAGAAAUGAAAUGUCACAGUUUAUAUUUACAUGAUAGUAGUAUUAGAGAAUGGCAUUCGUCAUUGAAGUAUCAAAUUAGUUGGCUUAAUUGCUUAAACCUAGCUAAUUGUCAAAACAUUGGGGAUUUUCUUGUUAGCAUUUCAGGAUGUAAGUUUACGAACUUGAGUUUUCUGGAAGUCCGUGAUUGUGACGGACAUAUACUUGAAUCACAUAUUUUGAUGAAGCCCGAUUCCUUCCCCUCAUUAGGUUUUCUAAUAAUAGAUGGCUGUAAUAUUGUUACAAUCCCGGAAAGCAUUAUUGGAUUUACCACAUUAGAAAAACUUAGCAUGCGUAAUUGCAAGAAGCUACGAGAAAUUCCAAGGCUUCCACAGCAUAUAAGAAGCGUGAACGCAGCAAACUGCACGUCGUUGGAUCUACUAUCAUCAUGCAGAGUAUUGAAUCAGUUUCAAGAAAUAUUCAUGGAUCCCUCGUUUUCUGAUUUCUGGCCUCUACCACCAAGAUUUGAGCUUCCGAAGGGGUACACAUUGAGACGUGAGAUUUCUGAUUUCUGGCCUCCUGAACUUGUACUACCAAGAAUUGAGAUUCCGAAGGAGUUCAAAUUGAACCAUCGGAGUGAUGGAAAUUCUGUAUCAUUCGUGGUUGGCCGUGAAUUUCAUAAAUUAAUUGUCUGUUUUGCUUUUUGAUCGGCGAAGGCGAAACCUAUAGCAGCAACUUGUUUUGUUGAUUCCACCAAUGGUUUUUCAGAUGAAAAAAUAUUAAGUUGUCACUUUACAGGAAGAGGUUCUGAGCAUCUCUUCUUACAUCUUGUAUAUCUUCCGGAAUGGAAGGAAUCAAAUCCAUCUGAACAGAAUGACGUUAGGAUUACAGUUGAACUCGAGUAUGAUUAUGAAUAUGAUGAUGAUGAUGAUGAUGACACUUCUUUUGAUGAGCCCAAAAUUACAUGGUUGGGAGUCCAUGUAGACUGCAUCUGUUAUAUGCGUCCAAAUGCUAGGCAUGGUUGUGGGUCUUCCUCAGUCCCUGAUGACAUCAAUCACCAUUCUUUCCCAUCUGAUGUGGGGCUUGAAAUGGACACCACAAAUGGGCUCGACUUACGUAUGGGUCAGCCAAGUUUGGGCUCUACUUAUGGGUUGGAUGAUCUGGGUUCUUCUUCAAUUGCUCGGAUUUGUGAUAACACUGACCCAGACUUUGAAUCAUCAUUUCGUGAUGAUGUGCACGAUUUGGACUCAUCUGCUAGUAGAGAUGCUUGCCCUCCCAUAGUCCUUGAUGACAUUGAGCACCAUUCUUUGCCAUCUGAUGUGCUUCCAGUGGAUACCACAAAUGGGUCCGAAUUAGGCUUGGGUCGGCAAGAUUUGGAUUCAUUUGCAAGCAUUGAAUAUAAUGACUCAGAUGUAGGAGAACAUUGGCUCCUUCGGUUCCUAAAGACACCACCAUUCUCCACUCUUUGCCAGUGCUUCCAGUGAAUACAACAAGUGGGUCCAAAUUAGGCUUGGGUCGGCAAAAUUUGGGAUUUAGUGAUGGGUUUGAUCAGGGUUCCUCUUCAGUGGCCCAUGCCUUUGACAACAAUAAUUUUGACUUCAAUCAGUUUCCACCAUCAAAGAAGGCAAGAAGAUCUUGAUCAAACUUCAAAGAAUUAUGCUUCCACCUGAAAGCAACCUCGAUGCCAAGUUGUUGUUGCUGUUGAAGUAAUUGGUGUUUCAAGUUCAACUCUCAGAGAUGAAAAUGCUUUAGAUCUAUCCAGCCAAGCUGAAUCAUGUGAUGGUUAGUGUGGUAAAAUGUUGAAAGGUCCUAUUGGUCUAAAGGUUUAUCUUUGUUAUUUCUUUUUACUUUUUAGGUUUGAAGUGUUUGCAGGAAUUCAAAACCUCUGAGGUAAGACCAUGGAAAUGUUAUUUUGCGGAUCUCCUACUUUAGUGAUCAAUGUUUUGGUGAAUAUUCUUGGAUGGGAGGAUGGUACAAGGUCGAUGAGUUAAAUUGCAACCGUUUCAUAAUCGUUCAAUGAUUCAGCUUCAAGAGCUACGAUGGGAGGAAUGUGGAGCAGUCAUUAAAGUACUAGAUCCUAUGUCAAGGUCAUCAAGAGGUACUCUCUACAGUUAAAAAGUGAUGCAGCAAACACAUGGGAAGUGGACACUGCAUUUAAACCAUCUGGUGUUCUUUUCAGCAGUUUUCUUGGAAGUAUUGCACCUGACAGGAUCAUAUAUUGGAGGAAUGUGGAGCCGUCAUUAAAGGACUAGAUCCUAUGUCAAGGUCAUCAAGAGGUACUCUCUACAAUUAAAAAGAUUAUUUAUUGCGAGGUUCUGGAAAAGCUCAAACAGGUUCAGCUGCCAAGGAACAAUGAUAGUUUUGAGAUGGAUGUGCAAAUUAGUCCAAAGAUUAACAAAGGGGGGAUUGGAACUUCACACAGCUUUUAGAAGAAGGGUCUAACAUGAAUAAUGAACUUAUGAUGGACUCUCCACAAGAUGACGUCCAUACCCUACAGUUUCCACCUAAAGUUCAAAUGGAAUCCAUUACUAAGAAGACACAUCGGGUGGUAAUUUCACGGUAGAAGAAGACUGUCUCUUUGUGUCAGCAUGGCUCAAUAUUUCAGUAGACGCGAUGCAAGGGAAUGAACAAAAACACAAAACAUAUUGGAAUAGAGUUUUGGAGUGCUUCAAUAAAGAGAAGACAUUUGCAUCUACUCGUAUUGCAAACUCUCUAAUGAAUAGUUGGUCAACAAUUCAACUCCAUACUAAUAAGUUUGUUGGGUUCUUAGCUUUGAGAUGACUAAUCCAAGAAGUGUGAAUGAGCAAAACAAGAUUAAUAAGGCAAAGGAAGCGUAUCUAAAGGUCCAAAAUACUGCAUUCCGAUUUGAUCAUUGUUGAAAUAUCUUGAGGCAUCAACCAAAAUGGUUGGAAUUAAGGCUCAAACAAUAUUAUCAACCGCAACAUCUUUUUCCUCUACUUUGCAUUCGAUACAUCUAGGGGAAGACGAGGUCUCUUAUGCUUUCUUUGUAGACUUUGGAGAGACCACCGGUAGGAAGGCUGAAAAGGAAACGAUUAAAUAAACUAAAAUGUAAUGAUAGUUUGAUUUUGAAUCUUGAAGGGAUAUUGAAUGACAUGGCAGAAAAGAAGAACAAAUAAUCUAAUGAGAAAAAAAAAAAAAAUGCUCUUGAGAGGGAAUUUUCUCAAACUCAAGAACUCGUAGAGAUUAAGAAAAUGAAGCACCAAGAACUUGUGGAGAUCAAGAAAAUGGAGUUUGAAGAGUUGAUUCAUGUUAAGAGAGAGAAGCUUCAAUUAAAACGAAUGAUGAAAGAAUUAGAAAUUACCAUGAUGGAUACUACAAACUUGGAUCCAAAGCAGUAACAAUACAUUAGCCAACUCCACCAAGAAAUCAUUCAACGUCAAGAGAACAGUAAUCGGUGAAUAUUGUUGCAAUGUAGCAAGCUAGUCAUGCAACGUUUUUGUACAAUGCAUGGAUUUUGUUGUUAGGGUGUUUCUAAACUUGUCAAAUUUUGUUGUAUAGAAAUGUGUGCACCAUUUUUUGGUAUUAAGUAAAAAGUGAAUGAUAAUAUUGUGAUUGGAGUUCUCUUU